AUGUCUAAAUCUUGCUCUCAGAGCAAGAGCCCUUCUGCAGACAUUAAACUAAAGCUAGAGGAGGAUGUUAAGCUAGAAGAAUCUCUUUUUCCUCCAACAGAGACUAAGCCCUCCAAGCCGGAGCCAUCACCACCCCUCAAGCGAGAAUCUUCUGAAUCCGCAGUCAAUGUAAAACCCAAACCAGCAGGUCCACAACUCAUUGGCGACCUUCCGCGCGCGGAAGCUGCUGCUCACGCAACGUUCGUGGAGAUACCUGACAACCACUAUCAGUAUGGGACGCUUGGGCGCUCAAGGGAGGAAGGGGAGAGCAUGACUUGUGACUGUCAAUAUGAGCAUGGUGUCGACGACCCAUCGGAUGCAUGUGGGCAUGGGUCAGACUGCAUCAAUCGGCUCACACAGGUGGAGUGCCUUGCAGAUGAUUGUCGUUGUAGGGUUUACUGCCAGAACCAACGGUUUCAGCGCAAGGAGUACGCCGGCAUUGAGAUAGUACAGACGGACAAGAAGGGUUUCGGUCUUCGAGCGGGCACGGAUCUUUCAAAGGACGCAUUUAUCUAUGAGUAUGUCGGCGAUGUCGUCAGUCACCCUUCCUUUAUGAAGCGUAUGCGGCAAUAUGCGGAGGAAGGGGUCAAGCACUUCUACUUCAUGAUGUUGCAGAGAGAUGAAUACAUUGAUGCUACAAAGCGAGGUGGGAUUGGCAGAUUCGCGAAUCAUAGUUGCAACCCCAACUGCUACGUCGCGAAGUGGACAGUGGGCAAGCACGUCCGCAUGGGCAUCUUCGCAAACAGGUUCAUACGUAAAGACGAGGAGCUCACCUUCAAUUACAAUGUGGACCGUUACGGGCAUGAACCACAACCAUGUUAUUGCGGAGAGGCUAAUUGCGUGGGCUUCCUCGGUGGCAAGACCCAGACUGAUAUUGCUGGGAUGGAUGACCUUUACCUCGAUGCAUUGGGUAUUACCGACGAAGUGGAGAAGCUGGGCCUCAAGGGUAGUAAGAAAAAGAAGGGCAGAAAGCUUGACGAGGACUACAUGCCAGAGCUUAAGCCUCUUCUUGAGAAAGACAUUCCCAAGUUGGUUCAAGCAAUUCGGCAGACACAAAGCAAGAAAGUCCUUUUCAAACUCCUUACUCGAAUCAAGAUUACUGAGGACCAAGCAGCACUGCGCCAGAUUAUGCGGUUGCGGGGCUUUAGUCUAAUGCACAAUAUUCUCGAAGAUCACCUCAAAGACGUCGAUAUCACAAUUGGCGCGUUGGAGGCCAUGGUUCGCUGGCCGCUUAUCCAGAGAAAUAAGGUCGAUGACUCGAAGAUCACAAUACCUGUUCGAGUGUGUCUCGAGUCGGAUAAUGAAACCAUGAAAGGACUUGCUCAAAAGGUCAUCAAUAUCAUUCACAAACUCGUCACCAUUUUAACGGAAUAUUUACAGCUCUUGGACCACUGGGAUACCCUCGAGAUCGCAUAUCGCAUUCCCAAGCGAAUUAAAGCUGAUGGCGAGGAAGAGGAAACACAGCACCAAAUUACCGUGAUCGAGUCGCUAGAAGAGGAAAUGCGCCCACUCAAGAAGCCGAAAUGGGAAGACCAGUACGAACAGCACCAUUUCCGUCCCGCCCCUAAACGCCCACCCUCUACUAUCACUGUUCAGCAGCACCAGUGGUCAGCCGCUCCCUAUCCACCGCCAGUGAUUCGUGGGCCCCGAUCAAAAGAGGAAAUUGCUGCUGUGAUCGCCGCUGCAAAAGCAGCUGCCGAGGCGGAAGCUGCCAAGGUACCCCCUCCAUCGCCUCCUCCAGAGGAGAAAAAGACAAAGAAAGAAAGACCUCCGAAGAAGACUCAGACAAUAGAGGAAAAGGAGGCGAAUAAGGAGAAGAGGCUAUUGAAGCUCGUGGGCGCCGUCGUCGUCAAGUGCAUGUCCAAGUAUUCCAAGCAGCUUGACCACGACCAGUUCAAGAAAUAUGCUAAGGAGCUCACGCAUGUCAUUGCCGAGAAGGAGAAGAAAUCUUCCGGUUACAAAGAUGGCAAACUGGACGCCCUAUCUGAUGAGAAGACAGCAAAAAUCAAGAAGUUUGCGAAGGAGUACAUUGCCAAGGCCUCACCCGCAGUUGAGGAACACGAACAUGAAGAGGGAGGCGACGUGCCGAUGAUGUCCGUUGACGAGGCAAUGGAUCUCGGUGAUGGGUCAGAUAGUGAAGCGGAUGAAGCGGAUAGAGGGGCCGAUGUGGAGAUGCAGGACCUGGAAGACAUGCAACAUUCUUCGGACGAUGUUGACCCAUCCCCGAAGGAAGGAGUCGCUGAACACCCUUCAGAGUCCCUCACCCCAAUAACACCGCCAGACUCGGCCGUCGAUCCUAGGCUGCGGCAUCCGCUUGAAGAACCAGAAAGCCCUUCAAAAUAUUGUUGGGACUCGAGUACAUAGCACUUAUCAUUCGAUGUCUCCUAUCUAUCACGCUAAGUAUUCGCCUCCUCACCAUGGUUAUUAGAUUGCACCAAAGUUUUCAUCACUGGAUAAAUUGAACAAAUCUUCUUGUACUAAUCGUACUUACCCUUGCGCUCAGGCUUUUAUAACGAGCUGCAAUAUACUACGAUACACAUCAGUUGAGUACCAGCCACACUAUGCUAGCACGGGAGGACAAUGAUCGAGAAUUAAAGCUCGUGAUGCAACAGACUAGCACAUACUCUUGCAACCACGUACCAAUCUACAGCCUACUUAUAUUUGGUCUGCCUAGGUCUGUUGGGAGGUCACACCUUCUGUUACAGUAUACUAUAAAAGUUGAAACACUUCAAUCAGAUGAUCCCGACUUCCAGAUUUAUGAUGUCAUAUCGCAACCGACAAAGUCUAGCUCUAAGUAAUCGGUCGAACAAUAGAAGCUGUUCACAGGUUCUAGUCGAGAAGUUACA